GAAGGGGGUCCAGUAUAUAAAGCAGUCCGGUUUGAGAUCAUUCUCAUUUCAGUCUCACAAAGAGAGAUCUGGAAUCCGCAUUGGAAUUAACAAGGGUAGCUGAAGUCUUGCUGACCACUGCUUUUAUAAAGAUGUCUACCUGGGGAGGUGGAGUGAAGUGUGCUGCUUGUGAGAAGACUGUGUACCAUGCAGAGGAAAUGCAGUGCAAUGGACGCAGUUUCCACAAAACAUGCUUCAUCUGCAUGGUCUGCAGGAAAGGGCUAGACAGCACUACGGUAGCAGCUCACGAGUCUGAAAUAUACUGCAAGACGUGCUAUGGGAAGAAGUACGGUCCAAAGGGCUAUGGCUAUGGACAGGGUGCAGGAGCCCUAAGCUCGGACACAGGGGAGCAGCUAGGGGUUGAACCACAGCAAUCAAAGCCUCACCGCCCAGCAACGAAUUCCAACUCUAACAAAUUUGCUCAGAAGUUUGGUGGUGCAGAGAAGUGCUCUCGGUGUUCCAAAUCUGUCUAUGCUGCAGAAAAGAUGAUGGGAGGGGGGAAGCCUUGGCAUAAGACAUGCUUUCGGUGUGCCCUCUGUGGGAAAAGCCUGGAAUCGACAACAGUGACUGAUAAAGAUGGAGAAAUCUACUGUAAAGUUUGUUAUGCAAAGAACUUCGGUCCGAAAGGAAUGGGUCUUGGAAAUCUGGGAUGUGCUGAACAGCAAGAGUAAACUGUCAUAAACAUUUAGAAACAUUUGCAUCCCCCCCCACCCCCCCUUCAAUUUAAAAAUGUAAAUGUUAUUGUAUCUCCUUAUUAUCACACUACUGACUUAAAUAACUACUUUGUUUUUACUUUUGAUUAAAGGCAGUGAAAUGCAAUGUUUGUCAGAUAUAUGUAUUUCUUUUUGUUCCACAACAAGGUAAUGCUUCUAAUCUUUUACAGUAUAUAAUUAGAUAUACACCAAUCGUCAAUUUUAUGAUUGUUCCUUUAUUCUGUUGAGUUUUAGUUUAGUUUGGCUUUGUUAUAUAAAGUUCAAUUAUAUUGGAAUUAUUUUCAAACUCUAAAAUUGCAAAGCCUGAUUAUUAUAAUGGUGAUGAUUAAAUAACAGCUCAAAUAAGGGAACAUUGUUAUUCCAAUUCCAGACACGCCCACAUCAGAAACAUACUUCAUAAGUGUUGAUUUAAUUAGAUUUUUUUAUUUGUGGAUGUAUUCAUUUAAACUGGGUAAUUCACCUAGUACUGUGGACCUCGUGUCUCAUUAUUCAGAUUUGAUCUGCUUGCUUAAAGAAGCAUGAAUAACAAUUAAUCAACAUUCUGCAUUGGAGCGAACUGCAUAAUGCAAACCAAGAUAUUGAUUUGUGUUUAUCCAAGGUUACUAAAUAAAAUAAUGUUACUGUGCUUAAAACAGCAGAA